ACAGCGAGGCGGCUUCACAUCCAAACCCCGUCCUGAAGCACAGGACAGAGGGGACAGGGAGCCAGCAUGGCGAGCGAGAGGGCCGCAGCGCAGAGCGCGGAGGACGAAGAGGAGGAAGACUCCGCGGCGGCGGCGGGAUACUACGACGACGACGACGACCUGGAGGCGUUUUCAGAGGCAGAGCUGGGCUGUGAGGACGGAGUUUUGGGCUUCAGCGAUUCUCUGAACGGAGAGGUCAAACCUCGUAUACUAUUGAUGGGCCUGAGGAGGAGUGGGAAGUCCUCCAUCCAGAAGGUGGUUUUCCAUAAAAUGUCGCCCAACGAGACCCUGUUCCUGGAGAGCACCAACAAGAUCUGCAGGGAGGACGUGUCCAGCAGCUCCUUCGUCAGCUUCCAGAUCUGGGACUUCCCUGGCCAGAUUGACUUCUUCGACCCCACCUUUGACUAUGAAAUGAUCUUCAGAGGCACCGGAGCGCUUAUCUUUGUCAUCGACUCACAGGACGACUACGUGGAGGCUCUGAGUAGGCUGCAUCUCACGGUGACCCGGGCCUACAAGGUCAACCCGGAGAUCAACUUCGAGGUGUUCAUCCACAAGGUGGACGGCCUGUCGGACGACCACAAGAUCGAGAAGCAGCGGGACAUUCACAAACGGGCCAACGAUGACCUCGCUGAUGCCGGCCUGGAGCGCAUUCACCUGAGCUUCUACUUAACCAGUAUAUACGAUCACUCCAUAUUCGAGGCUUUCAGUAAAGUGGUCCAGAAGCUUAUUCCACAGCUGCCCACGCUGGAAAACCUGCUCAACAUCUUCAUAUCUAACUCAGGCAUUGAGAAGGCCUUCCUGUUCGACGUGGUCAGUAAGAUCUACAUCGCCACGGACAGCAGUCCGGUGGACAUGCAGACGUAUGAGCUCUGUUGUGACAUGAUCGAUGUGGUCAUCGACAUCUCCUGCAUCUAUGGUCUGACGGACGGUGAAGCCGGUUUACCCUACGACAAGGAGUCCAUGGCCAUCAUCCACCUGAACAACACCACAGUCAUGUACCUGAAGGAGGUCACCAAGUUCCUCGCCAUGGUCUGCUUCGUACGCAAGGAAAGCUUUGAGAGGAAAGGACUCAUCGACUACAACUUCCACUGCUUCAAGAAAGCCAUCGAGGAGGUGUUCGAUGUCCGGGUGCAGGUUCAACAGAAUCGCAAACUUCUCAGUCAGCGGAGGUGGAGCAGACUGAGUGUGACCAACGGGGCUCGGUAACCCCCACUGAGGGCCGAUGACAUCACACCGGACAGCUAGGUGAACCUGAGCUGCACCCCGACACAGCGGGAGACUCCGUCCUCGUUCACAGGAACACGUGAUGUUAGUUUGAACAUGUGAUGCUCUAGAACAAAUCUGAGCAUGUUAAAUAUUUGAAUGUAUUUUUUCUAGAAGAGGUGGGGUGAUUCUAACAUCACCUCCGCCCCUCUGUGAUUUUAAUCACGUCCAGAGUGCAUAUGGGGGUCAUUUUUUUUCUCCCCCACACCAGUAGUAAUUACAGCCACAGUCACCAGCUGUUCAACUAUCUGGUGUUCCUGUAAUUGAAUUCCCAUCCGGAGCCAAGUCCUUGUAUUUUAAAGUGGAACUCUGAGUUUCCACUGCAGACGGAGCUGCUGGUCCUUCUACUUUAUUUACUUCCAGCUCAAUGUGAAAUGUGACUUUGGACACAGAGGAAGCCAAAAACGGUUUUCAGCGACUGGAAGGUUCUGGUAUUUUCUUUGGAGCCUGGUUUUUUAAGCCUAUUACAUAUUUUUUUCAAAUCAAAAGCAGUUUCGGUUUGUACAUUGUCAUACAUGUACUAAUUAAAAAGAUAAUACAUAAACAUGUCCCCAUGGAUGUACAGACAAUGACUGG